CAUGAGCACUGUCCGUCAGUCUGACUUGUGAAGAGUACAGUAGCUAGCUACUGAGCUGUGGUAUGACAGCAUGUACUCGAAUAGGUUUGGCCGCCUCGUGUUAGGGCUGCACAGCCGCAAACAGGCGGCUGUCUGCGGUGUGGUCCAGAGCGCUGCCGGGCGGAGCGGGUUCAGCUGGACUGCCGUGUGUGAACAGCGGACACUGCGGCUGCAGAGGGGCGCCUGUCUGAAGAGCCAGCAACACACCAUGCACCGACCCAUCAGUGCUCGGUCAGCCUCCCAAACCACAGUGGACCCGGAUGAGGUGAGGAGGUUCCAGUCACUGGCCACCAAGUGGUGGGAUGAACAGGGAGAAUUUGCAGCUCUUCAUGCCAUGAAUGACCUGAGGGUGCCUUUUAUACGGGAUAAUCUGCUUUGUGUGCACGGAGCGUAUCAUCCUGGGAAACCACUUUCAGGACUCCGAAUACUGGAUGUCGGCUGUGGAGGAGGCCUGCUCACAGAGCCCCUGGGUCGCCUGGGAGCAAAUGUGUUGGGUAUAGAUCCAGUAGAACACAGCAUCGGCACAGCCCAGCUGCAUUCGUCCUAUGACCCGGACCUUCAGGUCUGCUACCGGGCCUGCACUCUGGAGGAGCUGUCUGCAGAAGAGGAGCAGGGGGCGGGCCAGUUCGAUGCUGUUGUAGCGUCCGAGGUAGUGGAACAUCUGGCUGACCUGGAAACAUUCGCCUUCUGCUGUAGCCUUGUGCUGAAGCCAGGCGGCUCACUCUUCAUCACUACUAUUAAUAAAACCAAACUGUCGUACGCGUUGGGUAUUGUUGUAGCCGAGCAGCUGCUACGCAUCGUUCCCAGAGGGACGCACGACUGGGAAAAGUUCAUCAGCCCAGUGGAACUGGAACGCCUCCUGGAGUCCAAUGGUUUCUCAGUGCAGUCUGUCCAGGGAAUGCUGUACAACCCAGUAUCAGGAGCCUGGAGCUGGACUGACAGCACUGCCAUUAACUACGCCCUCCAUGCUGUCAAGCUGAGAGAUGAUCCCCAGCCAGACCAUGCUGAGGAAAGCAGCUCCCACCCAGAGGAUCAUACUGCUGCCUCACACAGCUGAGCCAAACAACUGGAGAACAAGUCAAAAAACAAACAAAAAUCCAUUCAGAUGUGUGAAGUCCUAACUUCCCUGUGGCCGGCUGUGAUACAACAUAUAAGACUAAGUUAAUUACAUGAAAGGGACAAACAGCCUUGAGAUAGAAUUGGAGAUGUAUUGUAGCUGCCGAUUUGCACUAUAUAUCUAUA